UUCCCCUCCCUUGCCGCCCCGCCCAUUCCUCGCUUCCUCCUUUCCUCCAUUUUCCUCCCCCCCCCCCUGCUGCGAUCUGCGCCUGAGAGAGUAGGAGCGCCAUCCCCUGUGCCAUGAUUUCCCCGGACAACGAUUCGAUGACGGUCGACCAGACGGCCGGCGAGCAGCCUGCCAAGCUCCACUCGGUCGUCCGUCGUGGAAGGGGCUUCAACAACAACUCCAAGUCCACCCUCGACGGGGACUUCGACCACAUCGAGGAGGACACCCCGGACUCGGCCAGUGCGCCGGCCAAGAGCACCGAGGGCUACACGAUCAUCCUCACCAACAUCCACGAGGAGACGCAGACGACCGACCUGCGGCCAGUGGUGGCGCAGUUUGGCCAGGUGCUGAAUAUCAGCGUGCCGCUGUGCUUCCGCACCGGGCUGGCCAAGGGCUAUGCCUUCGUGCAGUACAAGGACUUCGAGGCGGCCAAGACGGCCAUCGCCGUGCUGAACGGCACGUCGGACGAGCCGCGCGAGCUGGUCCUCGAGGUCGAGGUGACGGCCGACUGGGCGUUCGUGCGCGGCCCGGCCCGGUCUGGGCGCCAGCGCAAGUGAGCGCGCGCGCGCGCCCUCCGCCGUGUGGUGGGGGUUCUUUUUCUUUUUCUUUUUUCUUUCACUCUCCCCGGUGUCUGCGUCCUGCGGCCCGGCAAUACACGUCUUCCUCUGAGCA